AUGUUGGUCCUCAAUUUGUUAAUGGUGGUAAUAGUAGCAACGAGGAUGACUGGGUCUUUGAUGAUGGAAGUGACAAUGGAAAUGCUUAGAAUCAGAACCAUAAUGAUCGUAGUAGGCGUAAUCAAGGAAAUCGAGGUGGAAAUAGAAAUUACAAUAACAAUUGAAACAACCAAAAUUUCUACCAUGGUGGUAAUAAUGACUAUAAUGAUGGGUUCGAGAAUCAAGGUUUUGGGAAUCAAUACCGAAGGAAUCAAAAUGGUGGAUUCAAUAAUGCAAAUGGAGGGUACUACAAUGAAGGUAACAAAUUCCCUCAUCUUUACUUUCCGCAACCUAAUCGACAAUCCAUGCAUCUCAUUUUCAGUCGGGAGAAUAUGA